UUAGAGGCGGUCCAUAUAUAUAUAUAUGCGGCGAAACUAGUAAAAUUGCAGAAAACUAUGAGAGAUUAUAUGAUAUUUAUUAUAUAAUAAGGUUUUACUAAAGAAUAUUAGAAGAAUAUAAAAAAAGGAAUUUAAAAGAAUGUCGAAAACGAAUUCAUGGAUGUGUGGAUGUUGUGGGGGUGGAGGAGUUGAGCCAGGCCCAGAUGCACCAACUGCUCAAGCUGUUCAGCUUCAGAUUUUGGAUCGUUAUGUAGUAUUGGACAAUGGCAUAGCUCGAGUGACAAUAUCGAAACCAGGAGGAAUUGUCACUGGAAUAGCUUAUAAUGGCAUUGACAACUUGCUUGAAAGUCGAAAUGUUGAGGACAAUAGAGGGUAUUGGGAUCUUGUUUGGAAUGAUGAUACUACACCAGGGACAUUUGACACGAUUAAAGCAACAAAUUUUCAGGUGAUUAUGUCAAAUGAUGAUCAGGUGGAAGUUUCCUUUAGUAGACAAUGGGAUCCCUCACUUAAGGGCAAGUUAGUUCCCUUGAACAUUGAUAAAAGGUUUAUUAUGCUGCGCGGCUCAUCUGGGUUCUACACCUAUGCUAUCUAUGAGCAUAUGAACGAUUGGCCCAGCUUCAGCAUGGGCGAAACUAGGAUCACAUUUAAGCUCAACAAGCAAUGGUUUCACUACAUGGCAAUUGCAGAUAACAGGCAAAGGUUUAUGCCUUUGCCUGAUGAUAGAAUGCCUGGAAGGUGCGAAAAGCUUGCCUACGCUGAAGCUGUUUUGCUUACAAACCCUAUAGAACCAGAACUCAAAGGAGAGGUUGAUGACAAGUACCAAUAUUCAUGUGAUAACAAAGACAUUCUAGUCCAUGGCUGGAUUUCCACUGACCAGCCUACAGGGUUUUGGCAAAUCACACCGAGCUAUGAGUAUCGAUCUGGUGGGCCCGUUAAACAAAAUUUAACGUCCCACGUGGGGCCCACAUCAUUAUCAGUGUUUUAUAGUGGACAUUAUGCAGGGGACGCUCUAGUGCCAAAAUUUGGUGAUGGAGAGCCAUGGAAAAGGGUCUUUGGGCCUGUUUUUAUCUACUGUAAUUCUUGUCCUAAGGAUGUUGACUUUCAUCAGCUUUGGGAAGAUGCUAAACAUCAGUUGAUGCUACAAACUCAAAGUUGGCCUUAUAGUUUCCCGGCUUCAGAGGAUUUUCCAAAACCUAAUCAAAGGGGUAAAGUUCGUGGCAAAUUAGUAGUUCGGGACAGGUAUGUCAGUGAUGAUCAUAUACCAGCAAGUGGAGCUUAUGUUGGAUUAGCCGUACUAGGACCUCCUGGAUCAUGGCAAACUGAAAUCAAGGGUUAUCAGUUCUGGACAACAGCAGAUGAGAAUGGCUGUUUUUCUAUCAAUGGCAUACGAGAAGGCGACUAUAAUCUCUAUGCUUGGGUUCCUGGUGUCAUUGGAGACUAUAGAUAUGAUGCUGUCAUUACCAUAACUGCAGGGUGUGAUGCUGAUAUGGGUGACUUGGUGUAUGAGCCUCUUAGAGAUGGACCAACUUUGUGGGAAAUAGGAAUUCCUGAUCGUACUGCAGCAGAAUUUUUCGCUCCCGAUCCUAAUCCUAAUUAUGUCAAUCAACUUUACGUUAAUCAUCCAAACAGGUUUAGGCAAUAUGGAUUAUGGGAGAGAUACGCAGAAUUAUACCCUAAUGAAGAUCUUGUUUACACGAUUGGUGUUAGCGAUUAUCGAAAAGAUUGGUUCUUUGCUCAAGUUCCAAGGAAAGUAGAAAAUGGGUUUGUGGGAACAACUUGGCAAGUCAGAUUCAAACUGGAUAAGGUAGAUCAAAAUGGGAUCUACAAAUUGAGAUUGGCAAUUGCUUCCGCAACCCUUGCUGAAGUACAGGUACGCGUAAACGAUCCAAAGGCGAAUCGACCCGUAUUUACAACUGGAUUAAUGGGGAGGGAUAACUCAAUAGCAAGACAUGGUAUUCAUGGCUUAUAUUGGCUCUACAACGUGGACAUACAAGGCUCAAAGCUUGUACAAGGCGAUAAUGUUUUAUAUUUGACUCAACCAAGGAACCAAAGUCCAUUCCAAGGGAUAUUGUAUGAUUAUUUACGUUUAGAAGGCCCUCCUACCAACAGUGCAAUCUAAGGACCUCUUAUGCUUGUAUUCCCCACUAUCUUAUCUUUUCAGUUUAUAUUUUUUCUACACCUAACUUGAUGUAUCGUAUUGCAACCACACAAAAGAAAAGAUGUAUUGUAUUCUUGUAGUAUAGUAUAUAAUAAAUAAAUAAAAUAAAUCAACUUAAAUGAUUGAUUAUACAUGAUA